AUGCCGAUACAUUUAAUUGUGGUAUCUAUUUUGCAGAAACGUUCUAUUCGUUCUACAGUCCUACAGUUAAACGUUCUACAGUUAAAAGAUCUGGAUUAUAUACAUGUUGGUCUUGGCAAGGAUGAAACAUAUGAUAAUUUUUAUCUAGGGCCAGUUGUAGUUCGGAAAUAUACUAGCACUUGUGGAUCUUGCGGUAAAUCUGUUUCAGCUGGUGGAAAAUGCAGUGAACAAAAAUUGUAUGUAAAAUGUAAAAUUGUAUGUAAUUACCGUACAGGCAAAGUUGUAAACUGGUUCAGCGACUAUUUCUGUUUCAUCGCAUCUGUUCAUAGCAGCAGGAUUCGAGAAUGA